CCCAGGCUUGCAAUGCGAGCAUCAACAAAAUUAAACAUUCUCGGGUCGUCUUUGCCCCGUGCGUUCGGGGGCGCACGUCUGCAGGGGUCGCUCCAGCGUGGCUGUUUUAGCUCGAGCAUCACAUCCAGGAGCAUAAUCUUGGGCUCGCGCGGGAUGGUUGCCAACACCUGCGAAGCGGACCGCGUUGGGGUCUGGGCAGUGGCGAACGCAAGUCCGACAGAGGUCACCCUUUUCCUCUCGAAUCUGACGGCGGACUGCACCAAGAGUCAGCUGACGAAGUGGAUGGAGGCGCAUGGCUGCAUGCAGGGGUGCGACUACCUGUUCGUUCCUCGGAACUUCCAGACUGGUGUAUGCCUCGGGUACGCGUUCGCCAAUUUCGUCGACCCCGCGUGCGCCGACAGGUUCGUGAGGUCGGCCCGCGACACCGCCAUGAGGGUGGCGGUCUCCUCGGACCAGGGCCUGAUGAGCAACCUCGUCAAGUGGGCCAGCGGCCGAGUCCACCACACAUCCACUUCCCCGACGUCCGCGACCCGGAGAACCUGCCUUACGUUCGUGCGCUCGAUGCGCUUGGCGUGAAACGCCCAGUGAUGGCAGCUUUCCAGGAUCACGGCCCCGCGGUCGAGGAGG